AACGCACCAUUGCAAAACAUUGAAACAAAUCACGGAUAAAUUAGGCUGUAAAUGUAAAAAAUUUCCACCAGUUUACGUAAAACGAGUGCGUCAGCCCAAUAGAUUCCGGUAAAGCGAAUUACCAUUUCCCGAGCGAAUCCACUCAUUCUGCCGUCGCUCGACGCCGUCAUCGUGAAGAUGAGCUGCAACGAUAAAAACGACGGCAUUUCCAAGGAAGAAUGGCAGAGCCGACUCGAAACCUUUCCUUUCAAACAGGACGACAUUAACAAGCUGAUCAUGAACUAUUUAGUAACAGAGGGUUUCAAGGAGGCGGCUGAGAAAUUUCAAGCAGAGUCUGGCGUUCAACCGUCAGUCGAUCUCAACUCGCUUGACGACAGAAUACUGAUCAGGGAAGCGGUACAAAAUGGCUUUAUCAAGGAGGCAACACAUCUAGUGAAUCAGCUGCACCCGGAACUGCUUGAUAACGACCGUUACCUGUACUUCCACCUGCAGCAGCUCCACCUGAUUGAACUCAUCCGGGCCGGCAAUAUCGAGGAAGCGCUGACGUUCGCCCAAACACAGAUCUCCGAAGCGGGCGAGACCAAUCCGGAAGUGUUGAAUGAACUCGAACGCACUCUGGCACUGCUCGCGUUCGAGAAGCCCCAACACAGCCCGUUUGCCGAUCUGCUAGAUCAGACCCAUCGACAGAAGGUGGCGAGCGAGCUGAAUGCUGCUAUCCUGAAGAUGGAGCAGCAAGAGCAGUCCAGCCCGCGGAUGAUCAACAUUCUCAAGCUGAUCCUGUGGGCGCAAACAGAGCUGGACAAGAAGAAUGUUAAGUACCCGAAGAUGAACGACCUGGCAUCGGCCGCGAUCGAACCUAAGUAAGUUCAGUUUAGAUACAGAGUGUUUGAGGUUGCGUGAAAGGAUGUGCGUGAAUGAAGGAUUCUUCUCAAGCAGUUCUAUUAAGAAUAAACGCUAGGAUUCGCUGAGUAGAUUCCAUGCGAGGGUAUGGGAAGUUUUUUAAGAAACCUCUUCAAGGUUCUGUCAGUAUGACUCUUUUUGGGAUGCGUGUUCCGCGCAUACAUAAUUGGGGGAGUAAAUGCUUCAGCACAUACUUAAGAGAACAUUACGCGAGUAGAUUGGAACAGGUUUAGGACCUUGAGUCGGGGGUAAUUUGUAAAAGUGUAUAAUACUUGAAAGAGAAACGUUACACGGCCUCCUGAGCCGGUGGUAUAGUUAGAGUGGCUCUGGAGCAAGUUAAAAAUUUUGGACGGAAUUUUUUUUUGUACUAGUUAUAUUUUGUUUCCAUAAUUUCGAUGUACAUCUUAUUUAAUCAACAGUGUGACUUUGCAGCACAGAUCCAAUAAGA